AUUUCACAAUGUGUUCAACACGCCUGUUAUAAGAACUUGCAUUAUUUAAAUGCAGAUGACUGUAUUCAUUAGGGACUGAUUACAAAAGGAAACACGCUAACUUGUGAAGUGUUUAUUUUUGUGCGGAGAAAAAAUGACGCACGCGAUGGCUGCUAGCAACGGUACGAUGCUUACCAACAACACGAUUUCGCACGACCACGAUGUCUUAAUCCAGGAACUGAAUGACAAGAUGGCGGACCAGAUGGUUCCCGCUACGGUUUUCAUUUCUACUAUGAUGGUUCUCAGCCUAGUAGGGAACCCAAUGGUGUGUUAUUACUAUGGCGCUAAAACGAAGCUUACAACCAAUACAUUCUUCAUCGUAAUUUUGGCUUUAUAUGACGUCAUCGUUUGUGCAAUAUCCGUGCCAGGAGUAAUCGCCGAUAUGAAGUUCUUUUACACUUUUGAAAAUAACGUCGCCUGCAAACUACUGCGGUUUGUGAAUUACUUUGGAUCAAUAGGAUCAAUUUUGACUCUUAUUGCUAUAGCCAUGGACCGAUUUAAAAAGAUAUGUCGCUUGACUAAGCCUCAGAUGGGGAUUCGAACUGCAAAGUUGGUGAGCUUAGGGAGUAUUGGGAUAGCUAUUAUGUUGUCGUGGCCGUGUCUUGCAAUAUUCGGAUCGAUUCAAGUGCCCAUACCAAAUACAUAUGGCCUUGACCUCAUGGGGGCGGAUUGUACAUUUACCAAAGACGUCGCUUACCAGAAAUAUGUCUGGAUCUUUAACGGAGUCCUCUUUGUUCUGUCUGUUGGGUUAUCGGUGAUUUUGAUUGUGCUGUACAGCAUUAUCGUGCACACAAUUUUAAGCCACAAGAAAAGAUUAAUUAUGCACAAACCGAGAAAAAACAGAGCCUCGUCGUCGACUGAAGUUGAAACGUCUUUAACUGACUGCAGUCAUACGGCGGACGACAAACUGAAAGAAAAAGAGAAAGGAGAAAUCAAAACACUACUCGCAACAAAAUCUCUUGCUCCAAGAAAUGAUCGACAUUCAACAGCAUCUAAGAAAUCGACGAACGCACAGAAAGAGUCAGGCAUUGACAGCGAGGCAGUGAAAAUUACCGUCGUCAUGGUCAUCGUUAACAUAGUUUUCAUCGUCAGUUUUUUACCGUACCUCUCACUGUGUGUUUGGGUCGUUUUCAAGAGCCAACACGAAUCAGAGUUUCUGUCCGGUGCCGGUCUCGUUUUGUUUAAAAUUGGGACAAGGUCAUUUAUUUUUAACAGUAGUCUCAAUCCGUGGAUUUACGGAAUUUUUAACAGCAACUUUAGACAUUUUUACUUUGGUUGGUUGUGUAGGAAGCGAUGAACAUAUUAAAACGCAUAAUUAUUAUACGAAUAUUUGGUUCCCUUGAUUACCGUGAAUGACGUAAGACUGGAUCUCUUUCGGAGUCUUUCCUGUAAUAGGGCGACUAUGUGUCGCCAAUAGCUGACGUUGUGCGUUUGAUUGACUAAUAAUUGAAUCGCCAAUAGCUGACGUUGUGCGUUUGAUUGACUAAUAAUUGAAUCUCACAUGUAUGUGUAUACACCAUUAAAAGACGAUGCAUUUGCAUGCAACCUAUUUAUGCUAGUAAUUAAGAAUAAUGUUGUGUACUAUAUAUAUGGCAUUUAAAUGUUUUUAUAUUCAUUUUUGUUUAAAUGUCGACUGGAAAUGAUAUAGUGCAACACUUUAUUUCAAAAUACGCAAGGCUUUUAGUCCGUACUUUGCACAUAUAUUAACCAACAUAUUUCAUGUUUUUGACCUUUUGGCAAAUUGACAGUAAGUAAAGUAAGCUCAAAGUCUGCCUAACUUGUUUUAUCUAUAAAUAAUAUAUUAAAUCAAGAUUUUCGAAAAUUACCUGUCAAUUUUUACAAAUGUAAUCGUUUCUUUUAUAUCAAGGAAACAAGCAUUAAUACUUGUUUAAAUUGGGUUCGUAAACACAAUCCCCCAAGCAAAUACUGAAAGUGAGACGUUUGGCUGUUUCGAAAUCGCUCUGAUAAACCUAGCGGUGUGCAAGAACUAAACAACAUCUUAGCAACACAUACUGAAUUUAAUUGUGGUGUCUCAUUUGCAAAUGUCCACUUCACUAACCCCUUUCAAAGUACUUCAUCUGCGUUCAAUUUAUGUGAAUUGUACCGUAAAUGAGGAAUAUGGAAAGCGGUUUAUUUAUCGUUCGACCUAUUGACUUUUAAUGGAUUUUGUAACUGUUUCAGGGGGUUUAUGUUAUUGAAAACUAUAUCAAGCUGAUGAAGAUGUUUUCUUUUAUCAGGCCCGGAACUUAAAUGGGGAAUAAAAUGUAAUUUUAGUGACUUAAAUGUAGCAUUUAUGAUCAAGACAUUAUACGUGCUUGUGAGCAAAAUCAUAAUGGUGAAUCAUGUGGCCCUGAUUAUCUGCUAAAUGAUUUCAAGUUUCUUAAAAGUUGUUUGUACUUUGUUUAAUAAAUUCUUUGAAUAUAGACAUUUUCUUGAAGAAUGGAAUAGAAAUCGAAAUAGACAAAUGGUAUAAACCUGAAGCUAUACCUUUCCAACAGAAAACGUCAACAUUGCAAUGUCCUUGUGGAUACGGAUAAAUAUCACUUCUUAUUAGAAUAUUCCUUAUAUAAUGCUAUUAAGAAAUUGUAUAUAAAUAAAUAUUACGGGAAAAGACCAAACAGGAUGAAAUUUAUUGAAUUAAUGCAAUCGAAUACUACAAGUACCAACAGAUACAUUGCUAUGUACGUACAUAGCUUUUGUCAAAGAAACCUGUAUAUUAUGAUUAAUUGUAUAUAAUUCAUUACUCAAACUUGAGUUCUCGCUCUUUUGUAGAUUCGCCUUUGUUGUUUUUGAUGUCAUCGUUAUAGUAUUUCUUGUUAACUAGAUUCUAUAUGCUUUUAUCUUAAAAAACACUCUUUUUUGUCCGGGUCCUUUGCAUGUAUUGAUACAUUAUUAAACAACUUAUAAAAUUCAAUACUGAACACAUGUCAUGCCUUUAUAUAUGAUAAUAUGUUUUUAUCAUGUCUACGCAGGGGCAGUAUGUCUAUUGUAUAUUUGAAAUAGACCAUUAUAUUAGGCGUGUGGUGUAUUUUGUUUAAUGUUCAGGUUAGCUAAAACAAUAACAAUUAAAUUGAGGUGGUCUCAGGCGGGAAAAUUUCAACAACUGUUUUCCACAUUACUAUGACAUUAUGCAUCAGUACACAAUUCCAUGAGGAAUAAAUGGAAAGAAACAUGAUUUGUAAUCGUUUUUGAAUAUGCAUAAAUACGUGUAUAAUGCACAUAUCAUGGCCAUUUAAUUCAGUGGCACUUUCACUUUACUGUAUUACUGUUUACAUUUAAAAUAAUUAAUUUGGUGGUAAUUAAUUUGUAGAUACAUAAUAGGAAGCAUUGUCGAAUAAGUCAUGCGUUUGCUCGAAUUUAGUUAUAAUUACCUCAAAUAAACGACAUUUAAACAGUGUGAUUACUCACUGUUAUACUUCCAUAGUUUAAAGGUUGUUAUAACGACGAAAUUCUUGAGGUAAACCCUUGUUUAUAAAUAAAAACUAAAAUUAAAAAAGGAGUAAAAUUAGUGUAUUCAAACAUUAUACAAAACUAGUAUAUACUUUUGUUUUAUUGUUGCCGUUGUGCUGGUGUUUGAAUACAGCGAACGGUUUACCUAACAUUUACCAAGAUAACCUAUUUGGUAUCAUAUUCGAAUUCAUUUUCAACAUUCAACUGUUAAAGAUGAAUCAUCCAGAACGCUGAUUGGUAGUUUGUUUAUAAAAAAUAAAGUAUGUUCAUCCAAUUAUAAAAACCGCAUAACCCUUUUAACCACACCUGGUGUGCUUGUUGAUUAUGCUUUAUUUGAAAUUUCUGUAGGAUUAAAGUUCAGGGUGAUGAAUAAGAAGAGUAACACACAGAUUUUUUAAGUUUUAACCUUUUGGCAUAAUCACAGACAGUUAAGUACAAGUUCAAGACAUUUGCCUUACAUGUUUUAGUUGAACAUAUGAUUGUUUAUAUAAUCUAUUAAUUUUUCUUCGUGCAUUGUGA